GCUCUCAUUGUAGUAUUGUGUUUGGGAGUCACGGCUCUUGAGAGUCACUCGGUCAGGGAGUUGGACGAAAGACUUUUUGUGUGUCGAGCUCCAGAGAAAGUUACAUAAAACACACACACUUUCACCCCAGAAGAAGGCCUUAUUGGUGGUGUAGUGGUAAGACAUUUAGCAGGAGACAAGAUGUGGGAGGUGGUUGGUAAAGCGGCGGUGGUGUUGCUGGCGGCCCGUGUGUGUUGGUCCCUCCUGAAGGGGGUCUACGGCUCCUUCCUGGCGGCGGCUCUCGGCCUUCACCUUUCUCUCAAGAAAACUGGUGACUGGGCUGUUGUUACGGGAGCUACAGACGGUAUUGGCAAAGCUUAUGCAUUUGAACUGGCCCGUCGAGGCCUCAAGAUUGUGUUAGUCAGUCGGAAUCCUUUUAAACUUCAGAAUGUGGCUGCAGAAAUAAGCACUAAAUAUGGUGUUGAGACAAAGAUUGUUGAUGUGGACUUCACCAAGGAUGACAUUUAUGACCGACUACAGAGAGAACUUGGGGAGAUGGACGUUGGUGUGUUGGUGAAUAAUGUGGGUAUGGGCUUUGAGCACCCUGAGUACUUUAAUGAACUUCUUGACUGUCAGAAGACGUAUAACAGCAUAAUCAACUGCAACAUCAAGUCAUUAACUCACAUGUCCCUCAUCGUCCUUCCCGGGAUGGCAGAAAGAAAACGAGGUCUCAUAAUCAACGUGUCGUCCUUGUCGUCCAUAGUGCCGGCUCCACUGCUGGCUGUGUACGGGGCCACCAAGGCUUAUGUUGAUAGCCUGAGUGUGAGCCUGGCCGCUGAGUACCGCAGUAGAGGCAUUACUGUGCAGUGUGUACUGCCAGGUUUUGUUGUGUCCAACAUGUCCAAGGUGAAGCGACCUUCCCUCAUGAUCCCCACACCCAUGGCAUAUGUUAAGUCUUCUCUAAAGACUAUUGGUGUUGAGGCACGUACUGCUGGCUACUACAUGCAUAAGCUUCAGAUCUACAUGAUUGAAGUAAUGAAGACUUACCUCCCUGGAGGGAUCCUCACACACAUUGUGUUUAAUCAGCUGAAGACUAUCCGCAUCAAGGGUCUGAAGAAGAGAGAAAGGGAAGCCAAAGCUCAGUGAACACAUCAUAUACAGUAUAAUUAUGUUGUCCAGUAAUGAGUUGUGACCAAAACCAUUACUGUACAGUGCUCUUACUGGACUGCUGCCUUGGUCAGGAAGAACAAGGUGAAUGGUUGUAAUGUAUUAUGGCUAUGUUAUUUCCCCUCAUAUGUAAUGUGUCAAGAAUGAGAACUAUACUAUACAUUAAUAUGUCAACUGUUUGUAAAGCAUAAUCUAUAAAGACAAACUUACUACACAACCUCUUUUAUGACGGUUUAAACAGCAAGUGAGAUGUAGCAAUGUGUACUGGACUCAACCAGAGGUCACUAAAGGGUAAUUUUAUUAAUAUUGAAGAAUGAAAGCGGGAAUACAGAUACAAACAUUCUUCAGAAAUACACAACCAUCAUAUACUGUAUUGUACAUACUUAUGUUUAAACUUAUGCACAAUAAAAUCUUUGAUUACAAUAGAAAGUUAGAGAACACAAUUUAAUUUUUAGAUCGUGCAGUUAAAUACCUGUACAUGUUUCCUCAUUAACGCACAAAGUGAAGUGGUCAUAUUUUAUUUCUGUACUGUGUAUGAAUUUUGUGUUUAUAUUGAUCAUUUGUGGUGCUUGUGACUAAUAUUUAUCAGUUAAUGUUGACAGUUAAUUAUCUAUUUUCUGUGUUCUUGAUGGGUUAAUUUAAAUGAAUACAGUACUCAGUAGAUCAAAGGUGGCAUUGAAGCCCCCCACCAUGCCACAGUGAAGGGCUGUGGCUGUAGUCAAUAAUUACAGAAAAUACUACAUUAAUUAAUAAACUCACCUGAUGUCUCGUGGAUACAGCCAUACAGUGUUUAGGUAAAUUCAUUACUGUUUUAGUUAUUGUAUUCACAGCAUACAUUCCUGUGACACCCUGGGGCUCCUGGUGCUGGGGACACAUUACAAUUUUAAUACUGUAAACUUUUGUCUUGUUGCUUACCUGUAGCAUAUUAGGCAACUUUUACAUCUUGUAUAAAGACUCCUGGCCAAAAUGGUGCUGCUGUACUGUACCGUGGUCUUUAGUAAGCAGAAAUUUAUUACCGCGUUAUGUUGUUUGGUGAAAGAUGUUACUUAAAAAAAAAAAACAUACAAUAUGAUGCCAACUGACAUCAUUCUUAAGAUUAUAUUUAGGGAGCUUUAAUAAAAAACAUUCCAUAAAACCAUUUAAAUUACAUAAAUUCUAAAAGGCAAAACAAAUGUUAAAAAUAUUGUAUGAUUUACUUACUUGUAUUUUGGAUGAAAACUCUAAAUUUGUAUGUCCACACUUUCAUCUGAUUGUAUAACAAUGGUCUGUGCAAAAGCUAUCAACUGUAUAGUCAGCAUUUUGAAUUAUGCAUGACUGCUUGGUGGUACCCAGUGCUUGUUUAGUCUUCUCAGCCAUUUAGAGACUUUGGUACUGCCAUAUGGAUAAAGAAUGUGAUGCUAAAAUUAACAGAAUUAAUGGAAAGAUAAAACCCUUAGUAAGGUCGAGGACGCUUGGGUAUCAUUAUUGUGUUUCUCUCUCAUGAACAAACUAAAAUGUCUGGGAUCAUUUCUUUUUACAUUUUAAAAUCUUCAAUUUAGAAAAAGGUGAAUGAUCUACAUGUUGACACAGAAUAUUUUCUUAGUCACAUAAGGUACUGUAAAGUUUGUGAUCAUGGAAUGUAUACAGUAAUUCAAUAUUUUUAAAGGUAUUAUAGUGCCAAAAAUGUUCAUAAAGAGAUGUAAUUUGUACCUUCUCUUUGUAGACUAGACUGAGACUUUAAAUUCUAUUCUACAGAGUUUGUAGCACAUUCAGGGGGACUCACUCGCUGGUAGCUCCAGAGUUCUGCUACUAUUACAGUAAAGUAUGACUGUCAUAUAUGAAGCUAUUUCCAUAUUGGUGAAUGUUCAAUGUAACUUGUCCUCUGGAAUGGCUUCAGUCUCUUGGCAAGUGUUUGGUUUAAGUUAUGGAUGAUGUGAGGCUUUUUUGGGAAGCCUUUCCCUUAAAUAGGCUACCAGUGUACAGUACUGUAUAUCAUGUUAUUUGGAGGUGGAUGUUGAUAAAACACAAGUGUACUUGAUAUAUCACCAGUACAUUUGACAAGGAGAUAAUAACUGAAUUAUGAUAUUGCAGUAUGGUAAUUCUCUUUCAGGUGAAGUAAUAUAUACCAGCAUCUGUUUAAUUUAUAUUUAUUUAAUACACAGUUCUUACAUUUUAACCCAUUUUAUUAGUAUCAUUCAUAAUAAAGUCUAUACAAUUAGUAACUUUAAUUUAUUUUUUUUUAUAACCCUUACAUAGUUUACUUACAUAUUUCUAUUGUAUUAAUUAUUGUAAUAUCCUGUACACUAGAUCUUUAUCUUACUUUGUUGAAAGUGUCAUUUCAGAAAAAUCUUGCUUGAAGUUAUACAAUUUUUCCAUAGAAAAAAUUAAUUAUCAUUCGGAAAAUAAUUUACUGCUAAUAUUUUGUUCAUAAUGUAUUUUAGCCUUUGAAAUUUAUUAUAUGUUGAAGAGAAACGAAUUGAAGACUACAACAAGUGGAAUUAUGAACUUAUAGGGCACCUAUUGAAAUUAUCUCUGCUGUAUCGUACUGAUGUAUUGAUUCCAUGAAACAAUCACAUGUUAAAGUACAACUCCAUAGCAAUGGUGGAUUUAUCACUAGGUAUUCCUAUCCUUGUUACCUCAAUUCAUCUUCUAGGAAAUUAUAGAUUGAGGAUUCUUCUGUAGGACUGUAGGUGUCUGGUUGUCAAUGUGUAGACUGUACAGUAUAUCUACAUCUUGUAUUAGCACCUUCUUUCUGCACUGUUCAUUCACCACAGUACUCUACUCUGCCACCUUGCUGUUUGUUUCCUCUGUUUCAUCCCAUACAGAAGAUGUAGGAGUUACAGAAUUUUAUUGGAAAUAGUUUCUAUAUCACCUUCCACACAUUCUGUGUUAAGUAAUUUUAACUGGUGUCUGCAGUCAUUAAUAUGUUUAAAGGGUGAAGUUUUCCUUGAAAAUAUCAUAUUUUGGUUAAAUAUAAAUUAAACAAAAUAAUGUAUGGAUAAAUUUGAGAAGAAAGAAAAAUAAAUUAAUACACCA